AUGCCAUACGCCCAAACCACUUUUCUCAACAUCGCGGUCAGCGACCUCCCCCGUUCUGUUGCCUUUUACACCUCACUCGGCCUUGUUCAAAACCGUACCUUUUCCAGCCCGUCUGCUGCUAUGGUCUCCCUGCCGAUUCCGUCCCACUUCGCAAGUCCACAUGACUCACCCAUCAAAAUCAUGUUACUCAGUCACGAUUUCUUCAAGAGUUUUCUCCCGCCGAACAGGUCAAUGGCGGAUGCAAAGACAACAGCGCAGAUGCUAUUCUGUAUUAGCCGGGAGAGCAAGGAAGCAGUGGACGACAUGGUGAACAAGGCAGCCGAAAGCGGGAUGAAUGUGGAUAUCAGUGAAAAAAACGAAGAACAAAAGAAGGCUGAGCAGGAAGCCGGAAUGUAUGGGCGCAACUUUGAGGAUCCAGAUGGACACAUCAUAGAGGUUGUGUUUAUGCCUGUCCAGUGCUAUGAGGGGAAGGAAUGA